AACUUUGGUAAGCACUAACCACUUAUAAAAAUGCUUACUGAACUCAGCAGCAGCAUUGAAAACUAUACUUCUGCAACUAAUUCAAUGAACGCAAACACUUACGAAGCUUCAAAAAGAUACAUCUUUAACGAAUCUUCCUCGACGACAGUGUUGUCGCACGACACAAAAAUUCUUAAAUGCAUUGAUAUAACCGUUUUCCAGGAAAGUCCUUUUCAGCACAACUAAGUUUUGAGGAGAACAGCUCAAAAGUUGACAGAAACGCAAAUGAAAACCUAAUAGCUUUUAAUAAAUGUGCAGGGGCACGAUAGAAGUCACAUUAACAUAAAAACCAUUUGAAUAUUUAGAAGCUACAGUUGUUUUAAGCUACAGGAACUCCAACACUAACUAAUAAAAUAACCCAAAGCAAAUUCAAAAGACACUUUAAAAAACAACAGGUUAUGUUACUGGCAACGUUGCCUUUAGUUAGUAGCGUCAAUCAGCUGAAUGCGAAUGUUGCGGUUCCGAACCUCAAUCUAUCCGAGUGGAAGAAGCGAGCUCCGAAAUUUCGCAAAAACUUAAUGUAAUCAGAUUAACGAAGAUCAGUUUCGACCAUCAGACAUUAAUAAUGCUAGUGUAGAACACAUCACUUAAAUAUAAACUAGUAUCGGUAUGUCCUAACAUUGUAUUUCGGUUUAAGAGUGAAGUGCUGCGUUCCCAAAUUAGAAAACUUUACGUGUGUGCUACUUGUGCCAACACAAAUUUCCGAUACUCUAGACUGAAAUAAUAGAGACAGUCGGAACGAGCAGUUUUACCUGAUUUAAUACCACUACAUACAACUUGACAAAACAUUAGUCAACUGAUACGUCUGCCAUUUGGAGCUUUACCCAGUUUUAUUUGUUCCAGCGAGGGAACCUGAAAUGGGACACGAUGAAGACCGGAACACCAACAAAUCGAAGAAGUACCAAAUUGUUAUUUUGGGUCUGGCCGUUCAUGCCCUGCUGCUUUUCGCGGUCUUCGACAUAUAUUUUUCAAGCCCUUUAGAUCAGGGCAUGAGGUUCAUUAGAUCGACACGAAACCCGCCUGCAAAACGAAUCGUCAUUUUUGUGGCGGAUGGUUUAAGGGCCGAAGCAGUCUUGGAUAAGAACAUGGAAAGAAUUCCUUUUCUCAAAACUGUUCUGGAAAGUAAGGGCUCAUGGGGCGUAGCUCAUACUAGAGUGCCUACUGAAUCACGUCCUGGUCAUGUGGCGCUACUGGCCGGAAUUUAUGAAGAUCCCAGCGCCAUUCUAAAGGGCUGGAAAGCGAAUCCUGUGAAUUUCGAUUCCGUUAUUAACCAAAGUUCGAGUGCUUGGUGUUGGGGCAGUCCAGAUAUCUUGAAUGUCUUCAAACACGAUAAUCUAAGCCAUAUUCACAUGAGCAGUUAUAGUGCGGACUUGGAAGAUUUUGGAGAAAAAGACUCUAGGGCUCUGGACUUAUGGGUGUUCAAUGAAGUGGAAAAAUUCUUAGAGUGGAAGUCGAAAAUGUGCGAAAAUCAAACCAGCGAGUGUGACUUCUUCGACGCUGGUGGAAACGUAUUUUUCUUACAUUUACUCGGCAUUGACACGGCAGGACACGGUUUCAAGCCCCAUUCCAAAGAGUACGUUGAAAACAUCCAGUUUGUAGACGAAAAAGUAAAAACUAUAUCUCAGUUAUUUACUACUGCUUUCAACGAUGAUAAAACUGCCUUUGUGUUUACGGCUGAUCAUGGAAUGACGGACUGGGGAUCGCAUGGGACAGGAUCUGCACACGAAACUGAAACCAUAUUUGUAGCUUGGGGCGCAGGAAUAAACAGAAGUUCUAAGAAACGCGAUGUGAAACAAAUCGACAUAGCUCCAUUUUUAGCCUCAUUAAUUGGCAUCAACAUCCCUAGCAACUCGUUAGGGGAGAUUCCGCUGGACUAUCUGGAUUUACCGAUUCAGUCUUUAGCGGAAAUUCAAUUUUCUAAUAUGCUCCAACUGCUGGAAUUGUUCAACAUCAAAAGGCUACGCACUGAAGCCAACGCCUUAGUGUUUUUACCAUACAAAGGACUGACUUCCGAGGUGAUUGAGGAGAAAUUGGCGUUUCUAGCAGGACUACUCAAAAGUGAGAAAUUUCAGGUGUUAAUAGAUGAAUGUAGGCAGUUCCUAGACAUUCUAUUACCCGGAUUGGAUUACUACCAUAACUACUACCAGUACCCUUUGCUGGUUUUUGUUUCGUUGGGAUUUAUUGGAUGGAUCCUAUUCCUGGGGACAUGUGUCUUAGAUAAACAAUCCCUUAAAAGGAAUUUACAAAUUAACCGAAGUGUUGCGACACUUCUGAAUCUGGUCCCUAUAGCACUGUGCUACGCACAAAAAUAUCCCUUAUCCUACUAUAUUUAUUUCUCCUUUCCAUUUGUGAUAUUCAGCUUGCUUCUCGAUCUUCGCAAAGUACUACAUAUUUUUAAGCAGUUGAAAACCACCAACUUUUUUACUCUUUCAGUUUACGUCAUUGGGAUCGAGCUAAUGAUCUACGGAUUCUUCAAAAGAUUCUCCUUUUCUGUGUUGGCUAUUCUCAUUGGAUUCUGGAUAUUGUCUUUUGGAAAGUUUGCUAGCCGACGAGACAAAGUUCUUUGGCUAGGGUUAUGUGGGCUUCUGGCAAUAUUUCCUCUAUUUCCCGUAAUGAAAACCAGCUUCAGUAUUCCAAUGUACUUCUUGGGGUCGGCUUCUUGGGUCUUGUUGUUCUACGAAAUGUACUUCAGGCUCAAAGUGCAACAUCAGUUCCGGAAUAUCAAUAUCCGCUAUGGAAUAUUUUUCUUGCAACUAUUAUGUGUUGUCGUCGCCAGUAUUUACAGUAUUUCUCUGGAAUAUGAAUUAGUGGGACUAAAUUCACCACUAAAACAUGUUUCCUGGGUUUUAUCCAUUUUGCCAAUUUCUCUGAUUCCAUUUACCAGCACUUUUAUUGGAGUGCGGUUGAUUGCCACAUUUUUCGGGUUUGCUCCCUUUUACUUGCUGGUGUCUACCAACUUUGAAGCAUUUUUCUUAGCCAUACAUGUUGCCAUCCUCUGCAACUGGCUGCUCAUUGAAAGCAAGUUUUUCAAUGCCAAUGAUUCCGAAAAUUUAAUUUAUUAUGUGAGUUUUGCUGAAUAUCGAAGUAAAGAACGAGUCACUUCAGACAUGUUUCGCAGAGCUUUCCUUUUCAUGGUGUUUAUUUUUCUGGGCUUUUUUGGAACUGGGAAUAUUGCCAGCUUGAACUCUUUCGAUCCCAUGUGGGUGCGAACCUUUUUGACAGUAUUCAGCCCCUUUAAGAUGAUGGGGUUGAUCAUAAUGAAAAUCAUAGUACCUUUCCUGUUCACUUGCUGCGUGUUCCGGGCUAUUAAUGCCAUUGGAAAGGAAAACAUUUUGCAGAUGUUUUGCAUUAUUCUCGUAUUUUCCGAUCUCAUGGUUUUGCAGUUUUUAUAUUUCAUUACCAACGUUGGCUCAUGGAUGGACAUCGGCUCAAGUCUCUCCCAUUUUAUCAUCAUGGAAGGAUUUGUUACCAUUUUGCUGGGCUUGUAUGGUCUGGCUCAUUUAUUAACCACUUCCAAGUAUGCCCUUUCUGACUGAUUUUGUUUUAUAGUUAUUUAUACUCAUUUCUGCGUUUAAUAUAUAUUUGUUUUAA